AUGCUGCAUAAGAGGGAUAGUAAGAACACUUCAAAUGGUGACAUUGAUUCAAGAACUUUAAAUGAGGUAGCCAAUCGUGAUGUUCCCAUUUCAGAGUCUGCAGAGCAUUCAACUUCUACAUUACCUCCUCUCCCAACCACAUCAUCUGAGCGCAAAAAUCGAUCAAUAGUUUGGGAGCACUUCAAGAGAACCCCUGAUGAUGAAAGUAAGGCUCAAUGUCAACACUGUUUAAAAGUGAUCAAGUGCGGGAAUGGAACAAGUGCAAUGAGAUCACAUUUAAAGAUUUGCAUAAGCAAUCCCGGUUCAGAUAGAGGAAAACGACAGAAAACAGGCACAUCGCCUAGCCCAGAAGCACAAGUGGGUAGGUUUGAUGCAGAAUAUGCUCGGGAAAAAUUGAUAUCAAUGUUUGUUCGCGAGGAGCUUCCUUUUCGAUUUGUAGAAAGUCAAGGUUUUAAAGAAUAUUCAGCGGCCUUGCAACCAGGAUUCAAUACUCUUUCAUGUUUUACAUUGGCACGUGACAUCUUGGUGCUCCAUGAAACAAAGAAGGUUCAACUUCAAAAAUACUUUUCCAAAUACGGAGGAAGAGUUUGUCUUACAACUGAUAACUGGAGUUCGUGUCAGAAUAUGGCGUAUAUGUGUUUGACUGCUCAUUUCAUCGAUGUGGACUGGAAGUUGCAAAAGAAAAUACUAAAUUUUUGCCAAGUCACCGGCCACACGGGAGAGAUUAUGGCUCAAAAUGUUGAAGCUUGCUUGAAUAGCUGGAAGUUGAACAAGAUUUUGAGUUUGACAGUUGAUAAUGCAUCGUCUAACGAUGAUGGAUUGAAGGAGAUUGAUGAUUCGGUCGCCAAAAUUCGAGAUGCUGUGAAGUAUGUCAGAUCUUCAAAUUCAAGAUUAACUAGGUUUAAGGCAUGUAUUGCACAAGAGAAUAUUCCACAUAAGACUCUUGUUUGCCUAGAUGUUGAAACGCGAUGGAACUCUACAUACUUAAUGUUAGUAGCAGCCUUAAGGCAUCAGAAGGCAUUUGAGCUAUUAGAGAUGCAAGACAAAAAAUUUGUUGAAGAAUUAAACAAGGGAAGAGGGGUACCUUUAUUUCAAGAUUGGGAUUAUGCUAAGUCCGUCUUACCAUUUUUAGAGAUGUUUUACGAUGCUACACUUCGCAUCUCUGGAUCCUCUUAUGUCACUAGUAACUUAUACAUGAAAGAAGUGUUUGCUCUUGGAAGGAGGAUUCAACAAUAUCGUGAUGAUGAUGAUUUGAGCAUAAGUCUUAUGGCAAGUAAGAUGAAAGCAAAAUACAACAAGUAUUGGGGAAAUGCAAAAACUAUUAACAUGUUGUUGUUAAUUGCCGUAGUUCUAGAUCCCUGCCAUAAGUUAGAUUACGUUGAGUGGUGCCUAGUUAAUUCUUUUGGUGUGGAAGUGGGCGGUGAAUUGAAGACAAAGUUGUCUUCUUGUCUUCAUUCACUUUAUAAUUUAAAUCAAGGUGCAGAUGAAGGAAACCAAGAUGAUACCCUCUCCCAACCGAGUGCAAGUGAUAAAGCCAAAGACAUUUAUGAUAUGGGGUUAUAUCGUCGAUCAACCGGUCGCAAAUCCAAUCUUAAAUCUGAGCUUGAUCAUUAUUUGAAUGAAGACUGUGAGCCAGAUAAUAAGCCUUUGGAUAUUCUAGGAUGGUGGAAGGCUAACUCGAAUCGGUUUUCCGUCCUAGCAAAUAUGGCACGGGACAUAUUGGCUAUACCAGUUUCAACAGUAGCUUCCGAGUCUGCUUUUAGUAUGGGGGGAAGAAUCAUCGAUCAAUAUCGUAGCUCAUUGACUCCUAAGAUGAUAGAAGCCCUUGCACAACUUAUAGCAGUUGCAAUGUCAAUUUUGGAUGGGGACAUUGGUGUCAACAAUUAUAGCAGUUGGAAUGUCAAUUUUGUGAAUAAGAUGAAGGUCUUAGUUGCAGUGGCUUUGAAAUGUGUAGAGGAAGACUAA